AUGUCUCGCCACAACAGUGACCGCAAACGCGAUGAACGCCGCCACGAUGAUCGCCGUAGAAGUGGACGCGAUGAAGAUGAUGGCAGUCGUUCCCGUCGUGAACAUCAUCGCUCAAGCAACGGUGGAGGCGCGGACAUGCAUCGCGGCAUGUCGAUGGGCAUGGGCGGUGGGCCGCAGCGUGGUGCUGGCAGCUUCUCGGGCAUGGCUUUCACUGAGUCUGAACUAAUGGGCGAUUUGCCCAAGAAGAAGUUCACUGGCCGUUGCCGUCUUUUUGUCGGUAAUUUGCCAAACGAGGUGAAGGAAAGCGAGCUCAAGGAGUUGUUCUCACCCCACGGCGACAUUGCCGAAUGCUAUCUCAGCGGUAAAGGAUUCGCCUUCUUGAGAAUGGAUACUCGUGCUCAUGCGGAGAGCGCUAAGGAGGCGAUUGAUGGCCGUGUUAUCCACGGGCGUCAGGUCCGCGUGCGUUUUGCUGUUCACGGCGCAGCUCUACGCGUAAAAGAACUUUCGCCUACCGUCUCAAAUGAGAUGCUGUAUCAUGCAUUCUCGCAUUUUGGUGAAGUAGAGCGCGCCGUGCACAUAGUCGACGAGAAGGGUCGUCCCACUGGCGAAGGAAUUGUCGAGUUUGAACGCAAACCUUCAUGCAACGAAGCUGUACAGGCGAUUAAGGAAAAAGUCUUCUUAUUGACUGCGAGCCCUAAACCUCUCGUUGUCGAGCUUCUCGAGCCGAGAGACGAAGAUGACGGACUUGCAGAAAGAAUGAUUCCUAGAACCGCGCAGCUUAUUAAGGAGCGUGAACUCGGUCCCCGUUUUCCUUCGCAAAACAGUUUCGAAUUUGUGUAUGGUAUGAAAUGGAAGGAACUGUACGCUAUGGAAAAACAGCGUAAAGCCCAGCUUGAAGAAGAGCUCAAGGAAGCACGACGUCGUCUCGAGACGGACAUGGAGUUAGCUUAUCAAGACUAUCAGGCUCAAAUGCUUCGUGAGGAUCUACAACGUCGUCAACAGGAACUUGAACGACUUGAGGCGGCUCGUCGCGAGCGACUCAACAUGAGGGCUGCCUCGGGCGGUCCCGGACUACCUGGACCUGGAGGGCCAAACAUGAGCAUGAACCCGCCAAUGCAACCUUUCGGCCAGCCAGGACCUUUCGGUCAACCAAUGCCAGGAGCACCGAUGGGAGCUCACAUGGGAGGACCACCAAUGGGUGGGCCUCCAAUGGGUGGCCACUAUCCACCACAACAGUUCCAACAAGCACCACCUGGUUCGGGAGGACCAAGUGGUCCUGGAGGACCGCAGAGCGGAGCACAAGGUGGUCAGCGACCCGCUACUAACAAUAUGUUAGAAGGAGUGCAGCGUCUUUUGCAGAUCUUCAAAAAUGAACCGUCAGGGCAACAACGCCCGUCUUCUGGUGGACCUAAUUCGUUCGGACCAGGUGGACCUGGUCCAAUGGCACCGUUUGUUGGAGGUCCAGGAGGAAUGGGCGACUACCCGCCUGAGAAAAGGAUGCGUCGCUAA